CUUUUCGAGGGCUUGCGGGCUCCCUGCGAGAAAUAAUGCGCAAAUGCAAGUGCUCAAACAACGCUUCGACAAAUACAUGCACAAGGGGUGAGAAGAAGCAAUGCCCCCUGUUAAGGCCCAAAAUGUUCUGAGCCGAGCAUAGUAAAUCACCGAGCAGGACCAAAUAAUCUGUAUACUUUUUAACGUUUACAGUAAAGCUAUUUCUGUCGCGCUAACAGAGACGGCACAUGGAGUGUCGUCAUAGCGCUUAAAUGUGGAGAUACUUCCGUCUCCGUUUUAGGCCUCUUCGAGAGUGCCAGCAUCACUUGCGAUCGCCAGUCGUUGCUUUAAAGUAUGACGGUAUAUAUGCAUGCAAAUAUAUGACGUGAAAUAAGUGCUUACCGCAGUUCAGAAGUAUUGCCGGGGCCGCUGGUUCCCCUUCUUUCCAGAACACUGGCUGCGUGCUGCCUCUUAACUUCUUUAUGGCUCCCUCCUGGGCCACCAGACUAAAGCCGACAUCGGCGUCAGCGAGUGCGCGGACGGGAUACACGUCCCAUUUUUCCUCCGCCACCCAUUUUAUCAGUACGUGCGACAUACUAUCAUAAAUAUAUCCACUCACGUGCAUUUGACUGAUGUGCGCUCUUUUUAUAAACGUUUCACAAACAAAAGCAGGCUGUCAUAGUUGCGUGCUCUAUCUCUAUGAUGUCGCCAAAUGUGGUGAUAAAAAAAGUUAAUUUUGCUGGCUGAACUAUUACAAAGAGUUUACAGAAAUUAUAAGAAACAAUAUUUACCUAUCAUAAUAAUUUGUGUUCUAACUUAUACGUUGUGUGCAAUUUAACGCUCUAGGGAUGGCUGCUUAUCAGUAACGACAGCCAAUCUCGAAGGCCGUGUUUGCGCGGGGUCAGGUUAGGUUGACCCAAGCUUGACUACGGCUACGGCCAAGGCAAGGAGCCCAGCGUAUGCAUGCCCUCUGCUACUGGGUCUGGUUGACGGUCAAUGAAAAUAAAGUAGACACUCCCAGUAGCCGUCUGCGCCGCAAGCUCACAUAUGUUACUGAAAAUUAUCUUUGCAAGUGUUCUAUACAAACCAAUGUUUUUUUUAUCAAACCAGCAACAUCCUUCAAUUGCUAUACCAUCCCCCAAGUACGAACAAAAAUGAUAACGUGGUCUUCCGGCAGACCGCCGCUCGUUGAUUGGUUCCCCUCACGAGGCCCCGUUACUCUUUCUCCGAGUGACGUGAUCCAGACAUAAGAGCCAGACCGAACCGGUUCCAAAGCGAACCGCUACAGAAUACGGCCCCUGAUUUAUUUUUACAGCGGAGGAAAACUGUUUCGCUUUACCGAGAACCUUACGUUCAGCGCCUUCAUUUCAGUUUCUUAGGCAAAACGUCAAGUUGGCGUCACGUUACGAAAGCAAAAUGGGGCCAUCGGCGCCAUUUUAUUCGCGUCGCGUCUACGUCACGCAGGAUCAGGUCACGUGAGGGAUUUUUGUACGACAAAUAGACGCAUGCCCUAGAAACGGUGCGCGAGAGCGCGCGCCUGCUACGGCUUCCGGAAAAAAAUGACGUGUUUCUUGCUCUUUCCACUGAUGCAAGUCCGUUCUCCUUGCCCACUCGUUCCUCCCGCCGCCGCGCGUCUGAAGCUGCUCUCAAACGUGUUGGCGCGCUUUGAGCUUGGCGCGAACGUUGAGCUUGCAUCGCAUACGCGAGCCGCUGCUGCUGCCUCCGUCGCCGCGCGUCAAGUUCUUCUACCUCUUCAUCGUCUAACAAGAACUACAGGAGGAGGAGGAGAUCAACUUUAUUAAAGAAGAGGUUUUAAGGCCUGUUCACACUACACGAAAGAACCGGCGAGUGAAGCGGAUUCGACCGCUUUUGACGCCGAGGAGGGCGGAAUGCGGCGCGGUGAAGGCAAUCGGUCCAGGACCCAUUUUUUCCGCUUUCGCCGCAGCCGCGAGUUUCGCUUUUGACGUCAUAACGCGUUCAAUGUCAACAUGGCGGCCAGCAUGUCUGAGCGACCGAUCUUUUCCGUAGAAAUGCUCAUCGACGCAAUUAAGCAGCACCCCAUAUUAUACGACAAAAGACACUUGAACUUCAAGGACAUUGCCUACAAAGAGCAGCUAUGGGACAAGAUCGGGAAAGAAAUGGGAGUGAGUGGUUCGUUGUGUCAAAAAAAGUUUAAGAACCUGAAGGACACAUUCGCGAAGAUUCUAAACCAAAUUCGAACAAGCAUGAAGAGCGGAGCCGGUGCCGCAGACGUCGCCACUAUCAAGUGGAAACACUUUCUGCCAAUGCAAGCAAUAAUGGAGCCAAUUUCAGAAGAGCCAAUGCUCUAUUCAAGCCUUGACUUCCUUCCUGAAGAAAAUCUCCAGGACCAAGAUGAAGUGCCGGGAACUUCUGGCUCCUCAGUUCCGUCAAGUGGCCCAGCAACACCAGCAGCUGCUGCAACUGAAAGCCAACCAACAGAAGAUGACUUAGAGUCUGACACAGAUAGGACUCCAAGGCGGAAAAAAGGACGGCGGUCACCAAGGAAACAACAGAGCCCAUUGAAAGCGCCUCAGCAUGCUGCUGUAACUGCUGCCUGUAUGGAGCACCUCCAGGCGGUGCGGACUGAGAGGCAGCAGAAGCAACAACUGCAGCGGGAGCCACAAGAUGUCGUAUACCAUACGUGCAUGGCACUUGCCGCACAGCUGAGAAUGCUUGGUCCUAGAGACCAGUCAGAUGCGAUAUUUGAAAUUCAAACAAUGAUGCACCACCGACUCCAAGGAGCCAUGAAUGAACAAAAUUCGCACUAAUGUUUUAUAAGCUUACUUCAUCCACACAUAUUUCUUCUACUUUGCUGCACCACUGUAACACUAUACUUUUUACUUCUGUUUACCUGUUAUGCAUCGUUUCUUUUUUUCUCUUACUUGAUUUAGACUAUCAUCCAUUGCUUAUGUGUUCAAAUGUUAUUUAUUAUGAGCUGAACUUCUCCCUUUUUGUAUUGCUUUUACAAACGCACUGUUAAUAACAUCCCCUUUACACAAUGCUCACGGGCCUGUAAGGUAUCUUAAAUACACAAACAUUUUGGAUGGCA